AUGGAUCCAUUAAUUUGUACAAAAUGUAAUAUGACUUUCAGGUCCAUGCAUUAUCUGAUGAAACAUAAGGAGAAGUUUUGUAUCGGAGCUGUUUCUCAAUCAGAGAGUCAGAAGAUUAGAGAAAUGAUCAAGAGGCAUCAGCAGCACCAGAGUUUGUCUGAGACUCAGGCUGUUAAGAGCGUGCAGACAUCACAAAAUGACCCUUACAGCAAACCUACAGAUUACUCUGAAAGAUCACAAGAUCAUCACGCUCAUCGAGACCUGGCUGAAGUUGCAGUGCUAUCUGAUGGGCACAAACAACUGGACAUGCAAAGACAAGAGAUUGAGUACAAACUGCAAGAGUUGGACGCUCACCAUGGAAAAGUUGCUGAACUCGAGAGAACGCUGUUAGAACUGAAAGAACACGAGCAGAGAAACACUGCGUCACUGCAGUCGCUAAUGGAUCAUCUACAGCAGAAUGGGCAGAAUACUGACCAGAGAAGUCAUUCAAACCUGCAUGCAGCAAAUACUGAGGAGAGAAUAAUAGAAUACAUUCCUGUCUAUAGCUGUGGAGUGCUUUCUACAGAAAUCAGUACCCUUCACAUCUCCUAUCUCCAGAGUGGAGGAAAGAAUCCUGAAAUCCUGGCUCACCUGCAGCAUUUGUUAGACGCAGCCAUCAAAUUAGAAAUGCAGGCUGAGAAGAUACCUCUGCCCAAGACCAAACGUCAAAGGGACAAAGGAAAAUAUUUGAGCAAAGAACUUGUGUCCACAGAGCUAGAAAAUCAGCACUUGGAAGAGGAAAUCAUGAAACUGGAGUUAAAAAAGAGAAAAUCAAGAGCAACUCAAAACUUUCGACCAGCUGAACAGGAGAUGAGAGCUGCUAAGAUGGACGUUGAACUGUUAAAACAUGAGAUUGAAAUUAAUCAUCUGAGAAAGAAAAUUAUGAGCAGAAAAAUGGCUCCCUCCACACUCACCUUUCCCCCUCUGGAGGCACCCAAAUCACCAGCUUUAACCAGGAACAUCAUGAAAGAACCAGAUGGCUUGUACCCCAGUCCCUAUGAUCCGAUGACAGGUUUUAUGGUAUUUUAUGAUUUCCUCUUGGGUUUGUGCCCAUCGUAUCGAGUCUGUCGGCUGAUGGUGGGGGUAUACAGUGGGGAUGUAUGUCUGGGAAGCCCUUCCAUAUUACCUCCAGUUUACUGUGAUCCUAUCAGCUCUUCUCAGCACAGUGCAGAACAAAAGGCAAUCCUUGCCACCAAGCAAGCAGUGCCAGAGGUCCAGCCUGCUUCAUCAAUCUCUCUAGUGAUCCAGGUGCAGGCAUCAGGAGGUUAUGAUAUCUAUGGACAUGAAGUGACACACUUAGCACCACAAGGCUGGCUGAAGCUCCAAAUCUUUGACUGUCACAAUCGUGUGAUUGCUGGGAGAUGGAAAGUACCCGUUCGUCUGCUUCCAGCCAAACCCUCAUUGACAACGGCAGAAAUCAAUGCUGUUCCACAGCUGAACAAUGCAGAGUUAUAUCUGAGAAUCAUUAACUCAAGAGAUGCUGAGAUUCAGAGCGCUGUUCCAAUCAGCAUCAACAAUGCUGGGCUUUACCAAUACCCUCCUGUGCAAACUUCCUUAGCGAGACACCCUUUGAGCGUCCAGGAGUUUCACGAAGCCAUUAGAUCCUCCCCCGUUCUGAGGGCUCAGCCAAUGCAUGAUCCUUCAGCCAGCACCUUGUAAACACUGCAAGUGACUUCAGAUGAAGAGAAAAAAGGACAUAUUUGACGAUUCAUAAUACAAAUAA